UUAAUUUUUUGUGUCGAAAUAUCAGAUGCCACCAACGCCCAACUUGAUCCUGAAGAGAUAUAACAAAUGGUUGAGACAAGUAUAAUCUUGUUUUUACGAAAUGAAGUUAGAUCUAGGCUCGGUAUGGAGUUUGUUAGGACUAGGGUUUCUAGGUAUCUGCUGGGCACUGGCUUCAUACUUCAAUAGUCUACUUCCUGAACCCAGAAAUCAGGAAACCGGUUUUAACGCAUUUGCAGCACAGAGCGUCCUACGUGAUUUGACCGGCCUAGGUCCUCGGCCAGCUGGCAGCUACGCUAACCGUGUCCUAGCGGUUAACCUCAUCAGAUCACAGCUGGAGCUCAUUAGGGAUUCAUCCAGGUCUAACCUGGACCUGGAGAUUAGUGUACAAAAUGCUUCUGGAAGCUUCCAGAUUGAUAUAUUUCAAAAUGGGCUAGCUCAUCAUUAUUCAGACGUAAUGAAUGUUGUUGCUAAAAUAUCCUCCUCCCCCUCCACUGUGCCUGCGCCACCUGCUGUACUCGUCAAUGCACACUUUGAUAGUGUUCCACAGGGCCCGGGAGCUUCAGAUGAUGCCGCAAACUGUGCUGUGAUGCUUGAGCUGGUGAGGGUGCUGAUGAACUCGGAGAACAUCAAUAUCACUAACGACCUGAUCUUCCUGUUCAACGGUGCAGAGGAGUCCAUCCUCCCCGCCUCUCAUGGGUUCAUUACAACUCAUCCUUGGGCACCAACAAUCAAGGCUUUUGUAAAUCUUGAAGGAGCUGGAGCAGGAGGAAGAGCAUUAUUGUUUCAAUCUGGACCAGCCAACCCAUGGCUUGUUAAUACUUAUAUAUCUCAGGCUCCUCAUCCGUUUGCAUCUGUGAUAGGAGAGGAGAUAUUCCAGAGUGGGCUCAUCCCCUCGGAUACAGACUUCAGGAUAUUCAGAGAUUUUGGAGAUAUCCCUGGCCUAGAUAUAGCAUAUAUCAAGGACGGAUAUGUUUAUCACACUGAACAUGAUGACGCUGAACGUGUUCCUGUUGAAUCCAUCCAGAGGGUUGGUGAUAAUAUUCUAGCUGUAGUUCUCGCUCUAGCAGGGUUGACCGACCUAGGGUCUGAAGAAACUGGUUCCAAAGUUGUUUUCUUUGAUAUGUUUGGUUUGUUUAUGGUAGCUUAUCCACAAUGGGCUGGUUCUCUACUCAAUAUCAGUUGUAUUCUGGUAUCCUGUAUCCUGAUAAUCCGUGAUAUCUGCAGCUGCGCGAAGAAAACUGACCAGCCGGCCGCCAGCCUUAGAAAAAUUCUUCUAAUCUUAGCAACCAGCAAUAUUAUUCUUCUUCUCCUGGUUUUGGGGUUCUCAACUCUCAUUGCUGCUCUUCUUGGAUUUGCUGGUAAAAGUAUGAGUUGGUAUGGUAAACCCUGGAUCCUGGUUCCUCUCUACUCCGUUCCAACCCUGCUCCUCUCCAUCCUAGUCGUAUACAUGGUGCAGUACAUUGUAUCCAGAUUCAUGCAGUACAUAGAGGAUACAAAGAAUGACACCAUGUUGAGGAUGAUAAUGUUACAUGCAGUACAGAUAUUCUAUAUACUUCCCUCUCUAGUUUUAACAUGUGCCGGAUAUAGAUCCGGGUUUAUAUUCUCCAUGUCCCUGCUUGGGAACGUGAUCUAUCUUCUCUACCUUCAAGGAACGCGUUCCAAUCGUUUUUUCCGGACCAAGCUGUCUCCAGCAUACAAGGAAUGGAUUGGGUUCAGUAUUUAUAUCCUAACACAGUUUGUUCCUCUGACGAUGUGGUGUUACAUGGUUCAGCUUGUCUUUACCAUUUUCAUCCCUAUCAUGGGAAGACGUGGAGCCAGUUCGAACCCUGAUAUUUUUAUAGGUUUAGCUGUAUCCGGGUCUACCUAUCUCCUGGUUCAGUUUCUCCUACCCCUCCUAGUAUUGAUGAAACGAACCUAUCUCAAGAUAUUUCUUGGUUUAUCUUCUCUACCCUUCAUCAUUAUACUCCUCGUUAUCUUAAUACAGGGAGGGUUUCCCUACUCCGGAGAUACCUCUAGUCCUGCACAGAAGCGGAUGCUUGUUUAUCACACCAGGAGAUAUAUGAACGGGAGUACAGAUGGAGGUUUUCUAUUCGCCAGAUCUGAUUACCCUGAGACCUUGGAGCUCAGUUCAGCAGUUCCAGAAUACCGAGAUAGUGUUGAGAUCUCCGGGGAUAUGUGUGACCGGAUUCUAGGCUGCGGUAUACCAGUUUACAAGAGAAGUUUAGAGAACCUCAAGGGAGCAAGAUGGUUAGAUUCUACUCCUCCAAACAUAACUAUUAACCCAGUUAAUGUGGAACUGAUCUCCAACAUCUUGCAGGGGAACUCCACAAGGAAUAUAACCCUUAGUGUCUCAGGACCAAGUUGGAGCCUGGUAGUUUUUGCGCCAAAACAAGGUUUAAAGAUGACCGGUUGGAGUAUCAGUGAGGGAAUACUACCUGGAGCACAGUGGGACAAUCGGGAUACGUUCUUCCUGAAUUUUAUCCAGGUACAAACCACUGUAGGCUUAGGAUACUUUAUUAGAUUUAUUAGUUUAAAACCACUGUAUGGUCAGGAUACUUUAUUAGAUUUAUCCAGGUUUAAACCACUGUAUGGUCAGGAUACUUUAUUAGAUUUAUCCAGGUUUAAACCACUGUAUGGUCAGGAUACUUUAUUAGAUUUAUCCAGGUUUAAACCACUGUAUGGUCAGGAUACUUUAUUAGAUUUAUCCAGUUUAAAACCACUGUAUGGUCAGGAUACUUUACUAGAUUUAUCCAGGCUUAAACCACUGUAUGGUCAGGAUACUUUAUUAGAUUUAUUAGUUUAA